CUCAUAAGAUAAAUCUAUUUCAUUUUGUUUAUUGUUAUAUAAUUAAAAUAUAUUACAUAUUAAAUCAAACAAUAAUUGUGAAGAUUUUAAAAUAAAAAAAAACAAAAAAAUAAUUUAAAAAACUAAAAACUAAAAAAUAACAUCAUUAAUUAUGUUAGGUUAUGAAAAUGAGUACGACCUUAUUAAAAAUCGAAUGAACUUAAUUAAACAAUGGGAACCACAGAAUGAAGUCUGGUCUUUAAGACAUGGAAAUAAAAUAAUAGCAGGAAUUGGUAUUAUUAAUGGAGUAAUAAUUAACUCAAUAUUUAGACAUAAAUUGAAGUUACGUCAUCAUGGUAUGAAAAUGACAACAUUAUUUCUAACAUUAGCACCAUCAUCUACUUCGUAUUUAACUCAUCAAUUCUUUAUUUUAAAUAAAAUAUUGGUGCAUGAACCUUAUUGUUUCAUAUGUGAAGAAUUAAAAGCAAUUUCAUUUCUACAAGUUAAUAGCUUAUUGUAUUCUUUAAUUAUAGCACCAACAAUAAAUAUUGGGAUUGCUGGAAAUAUAGGAUACAGAGUUCCACAUUUAAGAGAAGGAAAGGAACUUAUCAAACUUUGGUGGAGCAUUGUUAAACCUAAUUCUAAGAUCAUAUCAUUUUUGUUUAUUAGCAAUACAAUUGCAGGUGGUCUGAUUACCUAUUUACAAAUUUUAUCAAUGCAAAAUCUAACAAAUAUUAUAUUAAGACUUCAAGACUAUAUUAAUAAUAAUAAUAGGUUGAAAGCAUGAAAUAGGAAAUGUCAAGUUAUAUACACUACUAUAUACAUUAUAAUAUACUAUAAAUAAAUUUUUAUUUAAUUAAAAAUAGAAGAUUUAUAAUAAUACAAAUUUAGAAUUCUUGUAUUAUUUGUACUAUAACAUAGCAUUAAUAAUAAUAAAUGAGUUAAUUAUGCAACUAAAUAAUUUAUAUAAA